AUGUCGACUUUUACACCAGGCACCGAGGUGCAAGAGAUGGAACUUGACCCGUCGAAUCUAACAAUUCGACUUCAAGGAUCCGUAAACACAGAAAAUGAAUUGGUCGGCAUUCUCCAGCUCGAGCUUUUGGAUCGCGUCGAAGAUAUUCUAGAGAAGAUACGAGAUGUACUUUCGCGCAAUUUCAACGAGUUACCAUCGGAAGUCCAGCAGCUGGAUGCUUCCAAGAGACCUGGAGAUCUCUUACAGCGCUUGAACCUUAUCGUGAAAGAUCAUGUUUUGGACGACUUUUUACAGCAGCAUCCUUCCAGCCGCCAAUUAUUCUCUCAACUGUUUGGUUGUCGAUAUCCGUACCUUGAGGAACACAACCUAGGGGGCUCCGGAAGCAGUAAUUUGACAUCGAAAGACGCACUAUCCGAGCGUGUAGAUGCUUACAAUGUCUCCGAUUCACUUCACGAUGAAUCAGUUGGCAAUUUGGCUACCACGAGGCCGCUGUCUCUCCAAGAACUCGAAAUUGUGGAGAGAAUGUACCAACAUAUCAACACCCUCCUGAGCAAGGAAUCGGUUAGCAAAGCCAUCCAAGGAGUACAAAACAUGAAGCCAACACUCGAGGCGGCUACCGCAGAAUGCUUUGCCAAUUUAUCGGAUAUCUCGCAAAGAUUUCAAAAGGAAUUCCAGAAGAAGAUACUUGGUCAGACGCCUGCAAAGUCUGGAAUCGAGCUGGAGAAAAACAUUGGAUUAUCCAGCUCAAGAGAGGACACAGACAAAGAUGGAGGCCUACGCGAGAGUAUUAAUGUCGAAGAUGAGCUCGUAGGCAACACAAGUCAAGGGCCUGGUAUUCCAAUCACCCCCCGCGAUUUAGAACUACAGACCUACAAGGGGUGGUAUAUCGAGGGUCCCAGGAUCCAACUGGCCCGGGCCAAGAACUUCCUUGCCGAUGGUGAUAUCAAUCGAACGGCGGACUGGAAGCGCAAAUGUGCAGAGCUUAUGGAUUACUGUGGCCAUCUACAAUCGAAAUUUCAGGGCGAAGACUGGAUCCAUGACGUGAAUGAAGUCCUCUAUAUGCUAGUAGCGCAUAGGAUAUUUGAAGACUACUAUUACGGAAAACCGCAGCUCAUUGUCGACUUUCCAACGGACUUCUGGCCGAAGCGGAGCAUGAGAUUGCCCCAGCUGGAUGGCCCCAAUAUCGAGUUUCGCGCUGAGAGCAGUCGGAAGCAUGAUUCGACGGGCCCUCGACGUCUCCUCCACGUUGACGUGGCGAGCGCACAUGACCGGCAGUAUGAGAUGCCGACCGAUGUCCUGAGAAGAGAUUAUCUCGAGCCAUACUGGAAUGACAGUGAGAAAUACUGGGCGAGAGGUCCGUUUGCCGAUGCCACAGAGCCAACAAACCUUGCAGCGUCCGAGAAUGAAACAUAUGAAGACUGCAUGAAGGGCGGCAUGGCGAAGACAGCAAGAUUCCUUGCCAGCAAAGACAGCUAUCUUCCUCCGCAUCAGAGUCAUGACAGCGCCUUGCGAGUCAAGAGAGAGACCUUGGAAGGGUUUGCCCGGUUUCGCGGUGGCAAGCGGGCGGCGCUGCAGCAGUGCCUCAACAUCUUCAAUCACGACGAGAAUCGAAAAAUGUGCACCCCUUUGCGGGUUCUCACCCUUCCUGAACUUCCCGUGGAGAAGAAGCCGGACGCAGGCAUCAUCUACACUAACAAGAUGCUGGCAAAUCCACCUGAGAAAGAGUCGCGCGAUCCUUGGGCUUAUACCAGAGCCUAUCAGUGGUUUAAGAAAGAGGAGCUGCGCUGGGCGCAAUGGACGAGGGAGCACGUCACCAAGGAGUCGUUUUGCCACAAGCAACGGCUGCAAAGCGAUAAGCCUGUCAUGGAGCUUCCUCAAAACUGGAAGGGCCCUGUGCUGCCGGACCUGAUGGACCGUGAUAUGAAAAAGACGUAUGAGUUACUGCGACGCUGCCAGAAGAUUCUCCAAGGUCUGAAACGAGCAGAGAAACGAGCACCUCGACAUUUUAUUACCAGGCUCUUGGAAGCUGUCGAUAUUGGCACGGCGAUGAAACCAGUAACAAAGGAGAUGAAGCUGAGAUUCGGCGAGCACGAGUAUGAAUCAACUGAUGGGACCACUUUUACUCUUGCCAAUUUGCGGCCAACGGAGGCAGCGUGGCUGGAGUACAUAUGCCAGCCUUCUCGAAAUCGCCCACAGGAGCCGGAAGAAUCUCUUGGGAAGAGAGGAGAGAUCAUGGUAUCCAGAGUGACGCAGAUGAUGCAGGAUAUCGACCCCUUUUCGCUAUUCUGGGACACGGAACCCAAGACUUUGGACAAGUUUCUGAGGGAACUGAAUUCCACAUGUGGUGGAGAGGUGAAGAGAUACGAGUUCACCGAGAAGGAUGUAAAACAGCUGGCGCCAAAGCUGCGUGAUUUGCAGAUUCUGAAGCUUUACAAGAAUGAGGUGACAGGAGAGUGGAUGUUUGGCAGGCCAGAGACAGAGUUUCAUCCUGAAGACUUGGUAAAGUGGACGGAUCAUGAGCCUCAAAUGCAGCUGUUCCCAGAGGAAUAUCCACCUGCUUGUUACACCUCGCAGAUCGAACUUCAGAGUAACAAUAAGGGCCAAAUUCAAGACAGCGCAUGCGAGGUUCCAGACAAUAUUGCUUCGACUCUGUUAACAGCAUUCGCAUCCGCUGAGGAUUUUCACACUCAUCCUGAGGAUAUGCCCCGAAGAGAAGACGUCCCCUCUCUUCAAGAAUAUAUCAAGAAUCCAGUGAGAUACCCCGAGUGGCGGAAGAAGACGGCCAAUUUCUUCUUUUGUUUGGGCUACCGCCUGGGCAAAACGCUCAGGGAGCUCGAGAGCCAGCACGAGGAAAACGAGAAGAAGCUGGGUGAUCCCAAGACGCAAGAGUACAACCGCAACUUCCUCGACACCAUAAUCUCAGGCUGGGAAGACGACACCAAGAAACGUCCCAACGACCCGGCCAAGAAUCCGGCUAAUAAGAGCUCCUGGCGCAUCACAAUGACAUAUCCCGACGUGGUCAAGAUUGCCGACCCGGAUGCGUACAAAGAGCACAAAGAUGCCUGGACACGGGACGAGUGGCCAACGUCGAAAGAGGCCUAUGAGUUGGUUCGCAAGAAUCUUUUGCGUGAGGCGCAUGAGAACAAGACGAUGCUGUGGCCACUGCAUCUACCGUAUAACAGCUACGCCACGAGAUACAAGGUCGUAGACCCAACGAUUUGGCAGAAGCGGCUUUUGGAAAAGACGGCAGAGAUAUGGGACAACAAUGAUCUAGAUGCCGAAACAAAAAGAUCUCGUGUCAAGGCCCUCAAAGCCCAGCUUCGGAAAGAAGAGGAGGAGGAAGAAAAGAAGCAAGACGCCCUUGCGGCGCAAAAGCAGAAUCUAACGACGAUGCGGCGCGAGCCAGUCUGGACAUUUGGCCACCCAUCGAGGAAGAAGCCCGUCCAUUUGUUUUGGGACAUUAAUAACUGGCCGGUACACUUGCAAUCUGAGAGUAGACAAAGAGUCAUCAAAUCCAGGGGCCCUGCGAGAAAGAUUCCGGAUGAUGAAGCUGCAACUGAUAUUGGAGAUGUGGCUGCUUUUGCUGAGGAGUUGGAAGAUUUGGAGGAGGCGGCUGAGGUGCCGUUUUGGAAACGGGCAGAGCGGAGACACAAGUUCGUUCCUAUGAGAGAGGAGUUUUGGAUGGGAGACACGCCGUUGCAACGGAAGGAGUUUGAAGCCAGAAUGAAGAGGAGACUCGCACCAGCACCACAGUCAAGAAAACGUACCUGGGGAGGCGCUCUCAAAGAAGCCUUGUUUGGCUCUUUGGCCAACGCCAACGACCCUGUUGCUGCUUCUGACGAGGACCUUAGAUUGUCAUCUGUGCCUCGACACUUGAUUCCUCAGAGUCGACCGGCUAAGAGGCGACGUAUCACGGAGCCGCUACGAAGUGCAGGUGAGGAACAGGAACGUGAUUUGUUCGCAAUAGCCAGAGGCGAGAAGAAACAUCGUACAAAGUCCAAUGUCCUUACGAUUUAUUCUCGAAGCAUGUCCUUGGAGGCGGGUCAGGUUACGUUUUAUUUCCCUGAGGCGAGGAUUCAGGGUGAAGGAGGCGUGGGAGAUGGGAUGGAGGUUGAUGAGCCCAUGAUCGAAUUUCGGAAUAGAAUGGAGAAUCUGGCUGGCUGA